UAACAACGGCAGCAGGAGCCAGGAAGGCGAGGCCGAAAUGAACAGACGAACCCGCUGCAGUCUACCACCUUUAUUUUUCUGAAAUUACUUUCCAGCCCUCCGCUCCCAUAUCACCUUGCUCCGCCGGAGAUGGCCGGCCAUCGCCGGAGCACAGUUUACUCCGCCACCACGGCCACCCUUUUCGUUCUCCAACUUCUCACCGCCGCCUUCUCCUCCUUCUCUUUGCCAUCCCAAGAGCAGGACAGGUCGGCGCUGCUCCAGCUCAAGAGCGGCCUCUUCUCUGGCGACCUUCUCUGUAACUGGUCGCUGGAACCCGGCGUCCACCACUGCUCCUGGACGGGGGUCACCUGCGAAGCGCGGUCCCGCCGCGUCGUGGCCCUCUCACUCCCGUCCCGAGCCGACCGGCGCCUCGCCUGGGAGCUGUCACCGGCGGUGGCUCGCCUCACCGAGCUCAAGGUUCUCUCCUUCCCCUCCGUCGGUCUCGGAGGAGAGAUUCCUCAAGAAGUCUGGCGACUCCAGCGCCUCGAGGUGCUCAACCUCGCCGGUAACGCCCUCCGUGGCCACCUGCCGGCUACCUUCCCCGAGGGCUUGAAAAGCUUGGACCUUUACGGCAACCGGCUGUCCGGGAGAAUCCCACCGGCGCUGGGGAACUGCGCGGCGCUCCGGCAUCUUCGGCUGUCUUCGAAUUCGUUGGAUGGUUCCAUUCCGCAGCAGAUUGGGAAGCUUGCAAAGCUGCGGGUUCUGGAGUUGUCGGGGAACAGGUUGUCCGGCGGCGUUCCGCCGGAGAUCUGCCAUUGUAGGGACCUUGUCAAGAUGGACCUCGGCAGAAAUUUCCUUGAUGGUCAGGUGCCCUCCGGUCUCGAGGAGCUCAAGAGCUUGAAAUUUCUCUCAUUAGCUGGGAACAAUUUCAGUGGUGAGAUACCUUCCGGUUUGGGCCAGCUGAGGUCACUGAAGUUUCUAAAUUUGUCUACUAAUGCUCUAUCAGGGGUGGUUCGUCUGCAUCUUGUGGCACUGCGAAAUCACACUGUUCUACUGCUUGAUAACAACAAGCUCUCUGGGGAGAUACCUGCUUCUGCUGCUCCUUUGUCAUCACUUCUAGGAGUUAAUGUUUCCUCAGUGACAGGUGCUACUUCAGAUGUAAACCCAUCACCACAGCACACUGAACUGUUUAUAGUUUCCAGCACAUUGAGCAGUAAGCGAGUGCUGGCUGAGGCGAAUCCGGGCACUCCACCUGAUGGCAGCAGCAGUGGUGGUGGUUUGGGAACCACAGAGAUUGCUGCCAUAGCUUCAGCAUCAGUCAUUAUCGUGACUCUGUUAGUUGUGGUCAUCCUGUGCAUCUGCACAAGAAAAUGGACUCUGAGGCCAUCAAGACGUUCUUUCAGGAUAAGGGAAGUCAAGGUUUUUGAUAAUGUUGAUAUUGGAGCUCCCCUGACUUAUGAAACAGUUGUGCACGCCACUGGGAAUUUUAAUGCUAGCAAUUGCAUUGGGAAUGGAGGCUUUGGUGCAACAUACAGAGCCGAGAUUGCACCUGGAGUUCUUGUGGCGAUAAAGAAGCUUGCAAUCGGGAAGCAGCACGGUGACAAGGAGUUCCAAGCAGAAGUGAAAAUCCUUGGGCAGUGCCGUCAUCCUAAUCUUGUCACUCUCUUAGGGUACCAUAUCAGUGAUUCAGAGAUGUUUCUGAUAUACAACUAUUUGCCGGGUGGAAACUUGGAAAGGUUCAUACAAGAGAGAACUAAGAGGCCAAUCAGUUGGAGAAGGCUUCACAAAAUCGCUCUGGAUGUCGGCCAUGCUCUUGCAUACAUACAUGACGAGUGCGUCCCUCGCAUUCUGCACCGAGAUGUCAAGCCAAACAACAUACUGCUCGACAAUGAAUGCAAUGCUUAUCUUUCUGAUUUCGGCUUAGCAAGGCUUCUUCGGAACUCAGAAACACAUGCGACCACUGAUGUUGCUGGUACUUUUGGUUAUGUUGCACCCGAGUAUGCAAUGACAUGUCGGGUGUCUGACAAGGCAGAUGUGUAUAGCUAUGGAGUAGUACUUCUUGAAUUGAUUUCAGAUAAGAAAGCACUGGACCCGUCAUUUUCUCCAUAUGGAAAUGGUUUCAACAUUGUUACUUGGGCUCUUAAGCUUAUCCAAAGAGGCAGAGUUCGUGAAUUCUUCAUCGAGGGUCUGUGGGAUAAGGCCCCACAUGAUGAUCUGGUUGAGUUCUUAAACCUGGCGGUCCAGUGCACAGGGGAAUCUCUUUCUUCUAGGCCCACAAUGAAGCAUGUAGUUCGACGUCUAAGGGAACUCCGACCACCUUCUUACUAGGAGCAGCAACGCAAACUUGUCACCUGAACACCUGCAUACUGAAAGGACCUAAGAAGCACUGAUGAGCUAAUGUCUAGGUCGGUUGCCAUGCCAAGGAGGUGAGCAGCUGUGGUGAGGAGGUGCGCUACAAUGAUCUCCUCAGCAGCCUCAUCUGCACCAAGUUUUAAGUAAUGUCGCUUAAAUGUUAUGUAGUUCCAGAACUGUUGAAGCAUUCAGCGUUUUUAAAGGUUAAUGAGAUGAUGGAUAAUUUGACAUGUAUGCGUUGAUAAUUUUGUGAUAUCAUGUUAACUGA